GUGACUUGAAGAAAAGUCAUUUAAUUUUUAUUCGGUUUUUUUCUUGUCUUGUUGAGUGAACAGUAAAAUCAAUUUCAUAUUUUUUAAUUUCUUCAGAGUUUUUCAAGAUUAUAUUUUGUUUUUAUCAUAGCUUUAAAAGUUCAGGUUUUCUAUCGAUAUAUUAAGCAUCUAUUUACAACAUGGCUGGAGCAUCUCAAGAGUAUGUUGUUAGAGCUCCAAAUGAAAACAGUAAACGUUUUAAUGUUAUGCGAUUUGCCAACUCAUUGAAUGUUGAUGUUACCAAAUGGAAGGUUGCUCGAAUGGAAAGAGAGCGAUCUCUUAAACAGCAAGAGAAAGCAGCUACAGAAGAAGCUCCUAAAUUUGGUUUUGGGUCAGAGUACGGAAAAGAUGCCAAAGAGGAGGCUAGAAGAAAAAAGUACGGCCAAUAUUAUCGUAAGAAUCGAGAUAAUGAUUUUCCAUGGGUUCUCAGAGUUGGAGGCAAAAACGGGAAAAAGUUUAAAGGUACUCGAGAAGGUGGUGUUACCGAAAACACUUCUUAUUAUGUCUUUUUUCAAGCUCAUGAUGGAGCCUUCGAAGCUUUCCCAGUUAGUGAAUGGUACAAUUUCACAGCUAUUCCUAGAUAUAAGCCUUUAACAUCCGAAGAAGCUGAAGAAAGGUACGAAGAAAGGCAUAAAAUUUAUAACCAUUUCGCUGUGAUGGCUUCAAGAAAACAUACAGAAGGAGGAGAAGGCGAACAAUCUGAAACAAAGUUGUUGAAAAAUAUGAAAAAAGAAAAAGAUUUUAAAGUUAGUGAUAUGGACGAUUGGGUUGAUUCUGAUCGAUCCGGAGACGGUAGUGAUGAUGAUGAGUUAGAUGGAGGUAAUCAAAAGAACGGCAAAGGAAAAGGUAAAGGUAAAGCCAAAGGAGCCGGUAAAAAGAAAGGUGGUAAAAAGAAGAAAGGAUCUGAUGAUGAUGACGAUGACAGCGAACCAGGCGAAGAAAGUGACGAAGGGGAUCAAGAAGCAAGAGAAGUUGAUUAUAUGUCAGAUUUAUCGUCCUCAUCUGAAGAAGAAGAUUUGGAAGAAAAAUUGAACAAGGAGCUCAAAGGAGUAGAAGAUGAGGAUGCUUUAAGGAAAUUAGUACUUUCAGAUGAUGACGACGACGAAGAAGAAGAAGGUAAAGAUAAAGAAGACGCAAAAGGCACAGCUAAAGGGGAUGGUGAUGAAGCAUCAAAGGGUAACGAGCCAGCAGGGAAAGUUAAAGUAAAACAGGAAAAUAAAAGCUCUGAUUCUGGUACAUCAGCUUCUGAUGACUCAGAUGACUCAGAUCUAGAUGAUUCAAAGUUCCAGAGUGCAAUGUUUUUGCAGAAGAAGUCCGGAUCAGCUUCAAAAAAUAAAAAUGGUUCCGAUCAAAAGGCCUCAAGUUCCAAGUCCAAUACACCUGUGACUGACCAAGCAGGCCAAUCUAAUAAUGAUAAUGGUGAUAAUGAUAGUAAAUCUGCUUUAAAAAGGAAGUUACCUUCUGCCGAAAAUAGUCCUUCAGUUAAGAAACCUAAAACCAACGAUUCUGGUUCAGGAGGCGAAGCUAUCAGUGAAGAUGCAGUUCGCCGUUAUUUAAUGAGAAAGCCAAUGACUGCUGCGGAGCUAUUACAAAAAUUCAAAGGACGAAAAGUACCAUUAAAAGGUCAAGACUUAGUUACAACUAUAGCUGCUAUCUUGAAAAAGCUAAAUCCAGAUAAACAAACUAUCAAAGGGAAAUUACAUUUAUAUAUUAAACCACCAACUGGACCGUGAAUUAUGAAAAAAUCAUACUUAACAAAUUAUGAAGCUUGUCUUAACCGUUAACAAUAUGAAUGCGAAGGCAAGCUACAAUCAGAUAAAAAACAGUUUAUCAAAAACUGAUUUAUUUCAAUUCUUGAGCUUUGAAAGUGUAAAGAAUGCAUUCAAGUGUUGAAUCAUUAAUAUUUCACCUUUUUUCGCUCAAAUCAACUCAUAUUGUAAUAAUGGAGCUUACUACAUCAGCUCAUAUCAGUCCUACAAUCAACUUAUUUCCAGCAUAUCUACGCAUUAUCCUUUCAAAACCAUUGACGAGAUCAUAAAAGCUCUGUUGAUUGAAAUUGUAAAUCAUUCAUUGAGAAAAGCUUAACAAAUAUUUGAAAUUAAAUUAAUUGUAAAAUUUGAAUAUAUAUUUGAAUUUACUGAAA